GGAAGUUUACAGUGCGCUGACGGACUUUUGGAGAGUUCACUGUCGUGCGCUCUCCGUGCGUCACACGCUCGAAAACCUCCGCUUGGAAGCGCGCGCGACUGCGGACCAACAUACAUGCAAAAAAAUACAACCGAGACUCCAGCGUCCCUCCGAACAACACACGGCUUCGUUUUCCUUCACAAGCUUGAAUUCGCUUCUACUUGUGGCUGAAUCUCAGGAGUGAAAUGGAUGUCAUCCCCAUGUGUAGCAUCUUCCAGGAGCUCCAGAUCGUGCACGACACCGGAUACUUUUCAGCGUUACCGUCUCUGGAAGAGUACUGGCAGCAGACAUGCCUGGAGCUGGAGCGAUACCUCCAGAGCGAGCCCUACGUCUCGGCCACGGACCUCAAGUUUGAGAACCAGGAGGACCUGUGGAGCAAGCUGAUGCUCGCCUGCGGGGACAAGUCGAGCGAGUCGGACCCAAAGAUCCCCCACAUCAAGGAGGAGGAAGACAAUCAGGACAGCCAGCACCUUGACACCGGCGGCUUCAACUCCGACGCCAGCAGCGAGGCCUCGGACAGCUCCGAGGAGCUCUCCCCGACCCUCGACUUCUCCUCCGGCUCUUUGACUGACAUUCUGGGCGACGGCGGCGAAGACCUGGGCUCCGCCAUCAUCAGCACGCCGCCGUCCUCGCCCGAGCUCGGCAAGGAGGGCUCCGUAGCCCAGGUGUGGAGCGGGAUACAGACUGUGCUGCACUCGCCUGGAAAAGUAAGAACUGGGGGCAUGGAGAGGACGGGGCUGGCCAGCGGGGAGGCAUCGCCCGACGGGAGGAGGCGGGUGCACCGGUGUCACUUCAACGGCUGCAGGAAGGUGUACACCAAGAGCUCGCACCUGAAAGCACACCAGCGCACGCACACAGGUGAGAAGCCUUACAGGUGUUCAUGGGAGGGCUGCGAGUGGCGCUUUGCACGAAGCGAUGAGCUCACCAGACACUUCAGGAAGCACACCGGAGCAAAGCCAUUUAAAUGCAGUCACUGCGACAGGUGUUUCUCCCGUUCUGACCACCUGGCACUGCACAUGAAGAGGCACAUCUAAGAUGGCCUUCAUGUCGACAGCCCUGAGGGAUGAUUCUGGUCGAUUGUCCUGUCCUGUGGGGGAUCAGCGAGGCCGGUGUGUCCUGGGAGCGUUAACAGGGGCACCGCCACGUUCCAGUCGGUGGAAAAACAUGAAGCAACGCAGGCUAUUAUUUGCACCAUACUUAGUGCCUCCAACACCUCGCUGUGGAGAUUGCUCUUGAAAGGCUUUUUACGGAGAAGCGGGAGGGCGGAAAGAGACUUGGGGAGGAAAAAAAUAAACAAAAAAAAAAGAGUGGGGGGAAAAAAUCUGGACUGGAGAAGAUGGGAAGAGACUCUUC